AAAAAAACAUAGGGCAAAUUUCAACAUCGCCAUCAGCAGCAGCGGGAGGUGGUGGUGGAGGUGGAGGUGGUGGUGCGGUCUCAAUGCGAAGAACAAUCCUACGCACGAUUUCAGGCCGGUAAAAGGAGGAGGUGCACGGAAGGAUGAAAGGAGCGAAGGGAGCAGCGUUGCCAGACCUGUGAACACACCUCCUCGUCACCCUCCACUUGAUAUUGUGAUUAUACAGAUAGAGGCGCGGAGAUGGCGUCUGCCCUCCUAGCGUGCAUAACAGCUGGCUGCAUCUUAAUUACAGUGGCGGUGAGCGGAGCCGGGGGGGCGGGAGUGCGAACAGAAACAGGGCCAGGAACAGUAGAAACAGAAAUCAACACAGGAACAGGAACCAGCAACAGCAGAACCACCACCACCACCACGAACAUCCACACCAACACCAACACCAGACAAAGCACCAGCAGCACCAGGAGAACCAGUACCAGAACUAAAAUCAAACUCGGGACGGGGCUAAGUCGAGGUGGAUCACGCAACAAAAAGAUGAGUUAUCUAGACAAGACAGUACAAAUCACGGAGUUACUGGUGCCGAGCUCGCCUCGUGCUGGCCUGGACGUAACGCUCUCCUGUCGCUUUCGUCUCGGCGGGCCUGACCAUCACCUCUACACAGUCAACUGGUGGCGUGACCGGGACCAGUUCUACAGCUAUAAGGACAAUAUUUUCGAGCCCAAGCAAGCCUAUACCUUCCGCGGCAUCCAUGUUAAGUUGGAGGAGUCGACGGCGGAGACAGUAGUGCUGGAAGGCGUGACGGAAGAGACAUCUGGUAUGUUCAAGUGUGAGGUGAUGGGCGAGGGACCCUCCUUCAGGACAGCCACUGACACCAAGAGGAUGACAGUCGUAGUUCCGCCGCAGCAACUAAGGAUUGAGUACAGGAGUCGCACGCAGCUGCCCAGGUACCGUUUGGGACAGACGGUGUACCUUAACUGCACAGCGCGGGGAGCCAAGCCCAGAGCCAUCCUGAACUGGGAGGUCAACGGAACACCGGUGCGGGAGGCCAGUCUGUACCGCUACCCUGACACGCGUGACAAGCGCGGACAGGUCACCUCCACACUGGGCCUCAGGUGGCGCUCUCCGGACACCUUUCGUGACCCCCUGGCGCGUGUUACCUGCCGCGCCACCAUUCCUGGGGGCCACGUCACCUCAGAGUCUGAGGUGAUCUAUCUGGACACCGCCUCCAGCGUCACCUACCACCACCGCUACUCCUCAAAAGGAGCUCGUCUCCAGCCGCCCUGGACAACAACAGUCUCCGUGGCGGUACUGUCCAUCGCACGGAUCAUCUCUUUUUAGGGACUCUCACUACUUAAGUCCACGCCGCAAACACUAAACACCCACCCUCAGGAGGCGCCACGCUUGCUCCUAAUAAGAAUAAUCACUAAAGUAAGCUAAUAGAUCAUAGUGCUGUAAAAAAAUGAAUAAAUAAUAACAAAAAAAUAAAAAUACAUAUAAAUACAAGAAAAAAAAGGUAAUAAUAAGCACUACAAUUAAUCAUACAAAGAAAAUGUACACAUGUAGAUUAUAAGUUCAUAAAUCAAGAAUAUCGGUGAAGGAAACUGUGUGUGUGUGUGUGUGUGUGUGUGUGUGUGUGUGUGUGUGUGUGUGUGUGUGUGUGUGUGUGUGUGUGGUGGGUGGGUGGGUGUGUAUGUCCCAGUAAUGUCAAGGUUUGUGAAUAUCUAGAGAUAAGAGAGGAAUUGGAAAAGGACACGCCAAUAAAUAUAAGCAUGGGAAAAUAGGAAAACAGGGAGUAAGAGUAAUGGAAGGAGCGGCCACCGGGAAAACCAAUACUGCCUAAAACCCGAGAAAGGCGGAAUGGGUAACCAAAAUAAAAGAAAGAAAAAUAGUGGAUGGCGAAAAAAAAGAAGAAAAAGAAAAAUAAAAAAAUAAGAGGAGAUGCUACGGACGAAUGUCAUAAAAUAAAAUACUCUCGCCUGAAAUUUUUCGCAAAAAUAAAGAAGAAAAAGAAGAGGGAAAAUAAUAACAAAAGAAAAUGCAAGCACCACAAUACUGUAACUCCGCCAUUCCGUAUUUGGAUUUUUUUUUUAAAGCAGAAUAAAAGCAACGGAAAAAUACGUGAUAAAUGAAGGAUGAAAAAUAGAAAGAAAUUAUGAAUAACAAAAGGAUCAUCUGUUAAAAAGAAAAUGGAAUACGGUUUGUGAGAAGGUUAUAAGCGCCUCCUUCACCACCACCACCACCACCACCAUCACCACCAUAACCACAAUCAUUAGUAUCACCUCUGUCGCUACCACUGCCACCAUCAUUCGCAACAACAACAACAACAACAACAACAACAACAACAGUAACACCAACGACAACAACUACAGUAACAACAAUGACAACAACAAUCUUUACCAACACUACAACUAA